AUGGAGAGUGAUAUGGAUCCCAACAUCACCGCUGAUGAAAUCGCAUUAUACGAUCGACAGAUUCGACUUUGGGGAGUGCAAGGUCAAACACAACUUCGCUCAGCCAGCAUUCUCCUAAUUACGGCGAAGGCAAUCGCCAAUGAAGUUGCGAAGAACCUAGUGCUAGCAGGCAUUGGCUCACUCACCAUCAUCGAUCACGAACCAGUGACACAACACGAUAUCGACAGCUCGUUCUUCCUGGCUGCAGCCUUCACAGAAGAUGAGAGUAUCGUUGUAAAAGGCAAAAAUCGCGCCGAAGUUGCAGCCCCUCCAAUUCGCCGCAUGAACCCACGUGUCAAACUGUCAAUCGAUACCUCAGACGUUCGUCUGAAAGAUCCCACCUUCUUCGCCCAGUUCGAUAUGAUCAUUGCAACCGAUCUAGAGUUCACCGCAAAUACAACCAUCAAUGCAGCCUGUCGUGUAGCCAACCGCCCCUUCUAUGCAGCUGGUCUCCACGGAAUGUACGGCUUCGUUUUCGCCGAUCUUAUCUCUCAUGAUUUUGUGAUUGAACGCCAGAAAUCAAACUUUUCCCCAUCGCCGCAGGAGACUCAAACUAGGAGUAUUGUGUCUAUUACCAGGAAGAAACAAGGCAAAAACACCAUUGAACUUGUCACCAAGCGCGAAACGUACUCCCCCCUCAUUCUGGCGAAUACCUCCCCCCUACCCAAAGAGUUCACCUCAGUUGCCAGACGCAGAAAGCAAGUGACACCUCUAAUCAGCUGUCUUCGUGCACUAUGGGAAUUCGAGAAAACAUCUGAAGGCCAUAAGCCCCCCUCCUCAGCCGAAGAUAUUGCCCGCUUCACAGAACUUGCAGUAAAAAGCCACCGGGAACUGAACCUCGAAAUGGAAAAUCUGAGCAGCGUCUUCAUCCGCAAGUUUUUGCAGAACUUGGGGUUGGAAGUUAGUCCCGUAGCCGCAUUCUUGGGCGGUUACCUAGCUCAGGAUGCAAUUAAUGUCAUCACGAAUCGGGAACAGCCGCUACAGAAUAUGUUGUUGUUUGAUGGCGAGACCUCCAUCGGUCCCAUAUACCCUCUUCAUCCGUUUUUCCCUUCUCCUGGAGUGAUGACAAUCCCGAUCCAUACAAGUGCCGCUUCAGCUGCAAUUGAAACAGCUGCCAAUAGCAUUGUUCCAGCCGCUGUAGCAGCAUCUGCUCAAGAAUCAAUAACACUGGAUUGA